AUGUUCUCACGACGGGUUCAUACAUUUCCUUCCACGGAGAAAUAUCUUGUACAAUCUCGAAGACGAUACUCAUCUAUAGCGACCACCAUCUCUCAUCAAAAUGGCUUCCCUCACAAUCAAACUCCUCCGAAACCAAGUAGAAGUUCUGAGAUUCCACCAUUAUCGAUAAUGCCAAUGCCCCUUCUUCUCAAGUCAUAUUUCAUAACUUCAAUUCUAGCUUCACCAAGAAUCAUCAAGUUCUUCCUUCCACUGCUCAAUACGCUCGCAAACUCUAAAUCGAGAUUGCUAAACCCAGAUAGAAACCCAGUGUUGCACAUGAUAGUCAGGAAGUUCAUUUACGAUCAUUUUAUAGCUGGUGAAAAUUCUUCUCAAGUGAGAGCAAGGGUAGCUUCUAUGAAAAAGUUGGGCUUUAGUGGUGUUAUCUUGGGAUAUGCGAGGGAAGCCAAUGUUACGGGAGGAGUAGUUCAAUUCGGAGAUGUAAUGUCCGUGACCAAGGAAGUAGGGGAGACAGCUAUUAGAGAAUGGAGAGAUGGUCUCAUGAAUACACUUUCACUCUUGCAACCUGCUGAUUUUCUAUCAGUCAAAUUUUCAGGAGCCGGUCCACUUGCCCUCCAUGCCCUCAUCAAUAAUCUACCCCCACCACCCCUCGUCUCAGAAUCCAUGCAUCUCCUCCUCCGUGCCGCCUCUGCGCAAAAAGCUCGCAUCUGGGUCGACGCCGAGCAACAAGAUCUUCAACACGGUAUUGAGCAAUGGACCAUAAAUCUCAUGCGCAUCUACAAUACUGGUCCCAAAGCACUCCUAUACACCACCAUGCAAGCAUAUUUGAAAGCAACACCUUCUAAUAUAAAAAAUCAUUUGAAACUUGCUCAAGCGGAGAAUUGGACAUUGGGUAUUAAGUUGGUUAGGGGUGCGUAUAUAGCGACUGAGAAGAGGGAGUUGAUUCAUGAUCGUAUAGAGGAUACGCAUGUGGCGUAUAAUAGUAUCGCGGCGAAUCUUUUGACACAAUCGUUUCCGGGAAUAGAUGUUGUGGUUAAUGGGCAUGGAUAUGGAAAUGGAAUUGGAAUUGGAAAGGGAUAUCCGAGAGCAGAGUUAUUCCUAGCAACGCAUAACGAGGAUAGUAUAAAACACGCCUAUGCGAUUCAAAGCACAAGGAUCAUGCAAGGCGAAAAAACAAUAGAAUUGGCAUUUGGACAGCUACAGGGAAUGGCGGAUGAAAUUAGUUGUUCAUUGUUACAAUUGUGUCGAAAGCAAAGUCACGAGAUGGAGGUUUCUGGGAAUGCUCCUGGUGAAGACAGAGGAGUUGUAUGCUUGGAAGAAGAACAGGCCGAAGCUAAAGCUGAAGCAUUAAAACCAAAAGCAUAUAAAUGUAUGGUUUGGGGCUCAACGCAGGAAUGUCUUCAGUUUUUAUUAAGGAGGGUUAGGGAGAAUGGGGAUGCGUUGGGGAGGACGGGGUGUUGGGUGAGGGGGUUUAGGAGGGAGAUUUGGAGGAGGGUGAGAGUUAGGUUGGGGUGA